AUGUUCAGAAAGAGAAAAGUUGAUGCAGACGGAAGAUUGUUUCAAGAAAGAUGGGAAGGCGAAUACUUGUUUGUGCUUCAAGGAGAAAGACCGGUAUGUCUUUUGUGUUACGAGGCGGUGUCGGUUGUCAAAGAGUACAAUCUGCGUCGACAUUUUGACACCAAACACGGAGCUAAGUACGCUCAAGCUAGCCUUCAAGAAAAGCAACAAAUUGCCCAAGAAUUAAAAGGCAAACUGCGGUCGCAGCAGAGUUUGUUCACGAAAUCCACAGCCAAAAACGAGGCGGCAGUGAAAGCUAGCUUCAUUGUGGCUAAAGAAAUCGCCCACGCUUCCAAGUCUUUUUCAGAUGGAGCGUUUUUGAAGCAGUGCAUGCUGAAGGUCUGUGAGCAGGUGUGUCCCGACCAGUUACAGACUUUUAAAAAUGUCAGUUUAUCAAGAAACACCAUUGCGAACCGAGUGAAGGAACUAGCAGAAAAUCUUACAACACAGCUGGCCGAGGAGACACGCAGCUACACAGCUUUUUCAUUAGCUGUUGAUGAAAGCACAGAUAACACAGACACAGCGCAGUUAUCAAUUUUUAUUAGAGGCGUAAAGUCGGACCUCUCUAUCACUGAGGAGCUGUUGGAUGUGACUGCAAUGCAUGGGACCACGACGGGACAGGACAUUUUUGAUGCGGUGGAGAAGUCCGUAAGUAAAAAUGCAUUGCAGUGGGAAAACUUGGUGGGCUUAACUACAGACGGUGCACCGGCAAUGUGUGGAGGAAAAGUGGGCUUGGUUGGACUAAUGAAGAGGAAAAUGCAAAAAAUGAACUGUCACACGCCUCUGAUAACGUAUCAUUGCAUUAUCCAUCAAGAAGCUUUAUGUGGGAAGGUGCUGGGGAUGGAGGACAUUGUGACCACAGUCAUGAAAACAGUGAACUUCAUUCGGGCACGUGGCCUGAAUCACCGUCAGUUCCAGCAGUUUUUGCUGGAGAUGGGCUCGGAACACGGGGAUGUGCCGUACCAUACAGAAGUGCGGUGGCUGAGUAGGAGCAAAGUCCUCAAGCGAUUUUUUGAGCUCAGGGAAGACAUUGCUCUUUUUAUGCAGAGUAAAGGAAAACUCAUGUCUGAACUAUCAGAUCCAAAGUGGCUGUGUGACUUUGCUGUGUUGUGUGACAUAACCGACCAUCUCGCCCAGCUGAAUCAGAAGCUACAGGGACGCAAACAAGUCAUCACGCAGAUGUCCGACACGAUCAUGGCUUUCCAGCGUAAAUUGGACUUAUGGAUGUGGCAAGUGAAACAGGACAAUCUUGUCCACUUUCCUGUUUGUCAGAGCAUGUCAGCCUCGUUUCCCGAGACUUUUUCAUGUGCUCAGCUAGCUACCAAACUGAGCUAGUUAAAGACUGAGUUUGAGCGGCGCUUCUCUGACUUCAGAGCGCAACAGUCUGGCUUUGACAUCUUUGCCAAUCCUUUCACCACCGAUGUCUGCACUGCACCCCAACACCUUCAGAUGGAGCUAAUUGAGCUUCAAAGCGACAGUGGCCUGAAAGCAAAGUUCCAGGAUGCUGCAAUCCAGGACUUUUACCGUCUGAUGCCCCCUGGUUUGAUGCCACAGCUUCGACUUCAUGCUGCCCGUGUUCUGUCCAUGUUUGGAAGCACCUAUCUGUGCGAACUUUUUUCCAUAAUGAAUCUGAACAAAAACCAGCACAGAUCACACCUCACGGAUGACAACCUCCAUGCUGUUCUACGCAUUGCCUCAGCACAGGACCUAAAGCCAGACAUUGACACACUGGCAACGGGAAAACGGUGUCAGACAUCUGGUCAGAAAAACACAGGUUAG